GAGCUCGCCCCGAGUCCCGGGCCACGGGCCACGGCACAGCGCUCGCCCCGAGCCCCGGGCCACGGCACAGCGCCCGCCCCGAGCCCCGGCCCCAGCCCCUGGCCAUGGCCCUGCGGCGGCUCCUGCAGCCCAGCGCGGGCAGCAGCCCCGCGGGCGGAGAGCUGGCGCUGCCCGCGGACGGCAGGAGGAUGCAGCACCUGGCCAGCACGGUGGGGACCCUGCCCCGCGGGCGCAGACAGCUCGCCUUGGCCAGAUCCAGCUCCUCGGGCGACUCCUCCAAGCCACAGAGGCACCUCGUUGCUAUACUGAAAGAAGAUAGAGAGACGUUUGGGUUUGAAAUCCAGACUAUUAGGUUUACACACCACAAUGAUUUCUCCCUGGAGGUGUGCACUUGUGUCUGCAGAAUCCAAGAGGAAAGCCCUGCCCAUCUCUCCGGCCUUCAGACUGGGGACAUCCUCACCAGCAUCAACGGUGUGAGCAUCGAGGGCUUCGGUCACAAGCAAAUAGUGGAGUUGAUAAAGUCCUCAGGGAACUAUUUGAGGCUGGAGACCAUCAAUGGGGCCCUGCUGCUGAGGAAAAUGGAGCUGGAGACCAAACUGCAGGCUCUCAAGCAGGCGCUGCACCAGCGGUGGGGGGAGCUGCGGGCGCUGCUGGCCCGGGAGCGGCUCCUGCUGCACGGGGAGGUGAACGAGAACGCCCUGCUGGGCGCGCCGGAGCUGCCGGAGCCCGGCCCGUGCGGUGGCUGCAGCUCGCCCGGCCCCUUCUCGCCAGCCAAGCCCCGCUUCUCCAGCGAGAGCAGCUCCCGCAGCCGGCUCAGCUCCAUGACCGUGGGCAGCGAGGACAGCUUCUUCCAGGGCAGCGCCUUCGAGGACUCGGCCGCGGAGAGCCUGAGCCGCCAGUCCAGCGCGGAUGACGAUUGCGUGUUCCCCAGGGAUGGGGACGGGGCCGCCGCCAGGAGCUCCCUGCGCAGGAACCGCAGCAUCAGCCUGGCCAGCAGCGGCUCCGCGUCCCCGCUCUGGGAGAGCAGCAGCUACUCCAGCAGCUUUGGGACCCUCCCGCGGAAAAGCAGGAGAGCCAGCGUUCGGAAGCACCUUUUGAAAUUCAUCCCGGGCUUUCACCGGGCAGUAGAAGAGGAAGAAAGUCGGGUCUGAUGUCACACGUGUCACCUCGGUGUCACCUGGGCUCUCGUGCUGGCUGAGGCUGCCGCUGGCCGGGGCACGGUGCAGGGCCCCGCAGGGCACUGCCCCAGAGAACAGCACUGAUGAGAUUCACAUGGCUCUGGAGCUUUAAUUAUUUUCAUUUUUAAUCAGACCACGCUGUGGACUUCUUCAUUAAUGUGAAAAAUGAGUGACUCCAAAAUGUGAAGAACCUUUGCAGAGCUUCCUCAGCGAACUUUACUGUUAAUAACAGUUUUUAAUUGAAUGCAAAAUUGAUAGCUAUUUAUUUCCUGUUACCGGAGUCAGUGUCUUCCAAAGGUCUUUAAUAAAAUGAGUGCUUCUACUAAAACCAGUUGCAG